AUGGACGACUUCCCAUCGAGGUUUCGAGCUGCCGAGACUGACCGGAGGCUCGAGAACUACGGCUAUAGCAGAGACAACGCUCCCCAGAUGCAACAGCAUGCAGGGACGGAUCUGUCUCGAACAGGCUGGUUCACCCCAUCAAAUUCACCGUGGAACCAGAGCACCGAUGUGAAGGAUAAAGCUUCAUCUUCGUCGUGGGCGCGGAGUCUCAACGACGCCGAAUCUAAGAGACGGAAAAGAGUGGUUAGGUACAAGGCAUAUGGCGCGGAGGGGAAGAUCAAAGCUUCGAUAAGGAGCGGCUUUCGAUGGAUCAAGAACAAGUACUCCGAACUCGUGCAUGGUUGCUAG